GUCCCAUGCCUGUUCCUGCAGAGGAGCAGCUCGACCUCGCUGGUGAUCUUUUGCCACGCCAACGCAGAGGACCUCAAGAGCGUCUAUCCUACGGCCGAGUACCUGCGGCAGGCGCUGCAGUGCCACGUCCUCGUCCCCGAGUACCCCGGGUAUGGCGCCUGCAAGGGCUGCCCCUCCUCCAAGGGGCUCAACGAGAGCGUCAUGGCAGCAUGUCUGUGGGCGGCAGACUUCCUGUCUCUGCAGCCCCAGCAGAUUGUGAUAUGGGGCAGAUCCAUCGGCACAGGCCCAGCCUUCCAUGUCGCCAGCUCGGGACUGGCUGGAGGAAUCGUUGCCAUCUCCCCCUUUACCUCCAUCCAAGACGUCGCGCGCGACGUUGCUGGGAACCUCGGAUCGCUGCUAUCCACCGGGUGCUCAGACUGGAACAACGUAGAGAAAAUGAGGGGUCUGACCUGCCCCUGCGUCAUCGUGCAUGGGAUGAGAGAUGAGAUGAUCCACUACAAGCAUGCUGUUGCCAUACACGAGCAAGGAAAGAACCGGAGGCGCCUCGCACUGAUGGAGAACGUUGGGCACCAUGACUCUAGCCUACUCGAGUGUGCAGCUCGCGCGUAUCACGAGUUCUUUUUG